AUUCCCAAACUACGAUUGCUUAUAUAAUCCUGAAAGUGCUUCCUCGGCUUCAAAAGUGGAGACCAGAUACAAUAAUGUAUCUUUAUGGAAUCUAGUUCUGGAUGUAUUUGCUUUGUCCAAAACAGACUAUAUUGUGUGCACAUUCUCUUCAGGGAUGUGUAGGCUAGCUUUUGAAUUGAAGCAUGCUAUAGACGAUAAAUCUGUCGAUGUGUCAAGGAAAGCUGUAAGCUUGGACAUACUUCAUCAUUAUGCGUGGGUAACUCCUCCUGCGCGAAAAGCCAUUUACAGCCACGUGCCCAAGUCCCCAAGAGAAAUUCCAUUCGAAAAGGGAGACGUUCUGAUUUACAAAAACGAAUAUUCUACAGUGAAUGCUGCAUUGAAAGGCAAAACAGCAAAUGGAUUCUUAAGAAUGAUAAGCAACAAGAAUGAAAUUUUAGAAGGUUUCGUGCCAGCCUAUAAGACAAGAGAAACUUUCCAGUUAACUACGUUUUGAUUGUCUUAAAAUGCAAAAUUUGAGCUCUUUUUCAUAUUUUAUAUAUUGAAUUAUGAAAGAUUCAAUUCGGAAGUUAUUAAAUCUUUCAUAAUUGAGUGAGAGAUUUUUUUUAAAUCCCAAAUAGUAAUGAGAGAUUUACGUAAGAAAAUUGUAUGCUUAUGUAUGCGACUAUAAGCAAUUUCUAAAAUUACAAUUUCAUACUUUUCUGUUAUAAAUUUUUUUUUUAUAAAUCUUCUGUAUUAAAUUGAU